AUGGACAGAAAUCAGUUGAAUUGUUCCGAGAACAUUCUCAAAGUGAAGUCCGGUGACUUGAAGAGUGCAAUCGGUUUGUUUAACUCAAUUCAGGUGAAGACGAAUCCACUUUAUAGAACUUUGUUCAAAGGACUGAUAUCAAUGAAAAAGUCGAAAGAAGUGUUGAACUUGUAUGAACAGAACAAAAUGAAGUUAGACGAAGGUGUAUUUGCGAUAGUGUCAAAGGCAUGUUCUGAAAUAUGUGAUGAUCGAGCGAGAAGAAUUGGAAAACAACUGUUGGAUAAUUUACCCUCAAGUUUGAGAUGUUCAGAUUCAGUGAUGAAUUCCAUGAUCUUCAUGUUGAUGAGAUUUGGAAACGUCGAUGAAGCUGAGCAACUCGUUCACCAGAUGAAACACAAAUCUAUCUACACUUAUGGUGCCAUGAUGAAAGGUUAUAACGAUAAUAAAAUGUUUGCGAAAACAUUGGAUCUGUUUGAGACCUUACCAUUAGUUGCAGACGAAGCGAUCUACGCGAUGGUUUUAAGCUCUUGCUCUCACCUUACAAAUGACCGUGCGAGAAGAAUUGGAAAACAGUUAAUCGAUAAUUUACCUGAAGAUUUGAAAGGUUCUGAAAACGUAAUGAAUUCGAUGAUCUUUAUGUUGAUGAAAUUUGGAAACAUUGAUGAAGCUGAGCAACUCUUUCGUCAGAUGAAACACAAAUCUAUCUACACUUAUGGUGCUAUGAUGAAAGGUUACAAUCACAACCAGAUGUUUGAAAAAGCACUAGAUUUAUUUCUUCAAAUGGAUCUGCCUCCUAAUGAAAAUAUACUAACCAUCAUCUUCAACACAUGUACACAUCUAUCCAAUGAUCCAGCAUUACAAACAGGAAAAGAACUUCUGCGCAAAAUGAACAAGUCCUAUUAUAACAAUGAUAUCGUCAUCACAUCAGCCAUUCAUAUGUUGAUGAAAUUCGAUCUGGUCAAUGAUGCUGAACGUUUGUUUCGUCAAUUGGCGAUUGCAUUCAACUUCAUUCAACAACCACCUCCUUCCAUCAUACAAAUCAGUAAAAAUCUUCGUAUUUGUGGUGAUUGUCAUGCUGCUACGAAACUCAUAACGAAACUGCGUCGGUGUGAAAUCAUCAUUCGGGAUGCAAAUCGAAUUCAUCAUUUUUCCAAUGGAGAGUAUUCAUGUCAAGAUCAUUUCUGA